GUCAAGCAAUGAGAUCUGAUCCAGCCAUCAAAUCUUUAGCACCUGGUCCAGAUGGCUAUUUACCAAAAUUACUUCCAAAACAAAAAGCUCCCUAAUGGACGUAAUAUAUUAAUAUCGAAUAUAGGAUUGGUGGGGUAGUUCAAAGAGUAGGGAGAUCAACCUCUUAUGGACCAGGACCAGGUCAAUACUAAUAUAAUUAAAGGUCAUAGAAGGUCCUAAUUAUUCUAUAGUCGGCAAACAUGAAACCAAAUAGAUUUCUCUAUCUCCAGGACCUGGAAAUUACAAUGAUGAGAGUUUUAGCACAAUAUAUAGAAAACCAUCUAUUUACACACUUGGAAUGAAGCAUUACACAUCAGCAAAGGAGUUGUUGCCCAGACCUGGUUAAUAUGAUCUCAAUAGUUCAUUUGUGUCCAACAAUUCAAUUAAGUUUCCAACUUAACAAAGAUUAACAUCCUUAGAAGGGGGAAUGUCUCCUGGUCCUGGAUGUACUAUAAUUAUAAAUUUUGAAUACAAUAUUGAUAAGGCAGUAAGUUGGCAAUGGAAAAACAUAACCUCCUUGGAUGAUUGGAACAUCUUUAAGAUAACAAGAAUUAAAGAAAUCUCAAGUAACUCCAGGUCCAGGAGCUUAUUAAAUGAUUGCUAUGCAUAACCUGUCAAAAAUUUCACAAUGAAAUAAAAAUUGUAAUCGAAAAAUUCAAAAUUUAUCUGCUCCAGGACCUGGUGCUUAUGAUUU